AAAAAAAACGUACUCGGCGUCGUCGCCACUACUGCGAGCGACAUCAGAUGUGUUAAUGACCCACACAUAUUAGACACUGUAUCUUCUUUUUUUUAUUUUUUUCCCCAUUCUGUACACGUUUACCUUCCUAACUUGUUCAUCGAUUACGUCUUCUAUAUCCUCAAUUCAAGCCUUUAUUUAAAGCGUCCUUUCUUCUUCCAUAACCUUCACACACUCUCUAUUUCUAUUUCUAAUCAACUAUACGAAAGAAAUAAAUAUGUCGAACAACGAAACGCAAAUCCCUGCAGAAUUGCCACCAGUGGUACACCAACGCGGGCCAGGUUCAGUACCGAAUGUGUCACCGAACCCGUUGUCGCAGCAACAGCAGCAUCAUACUUCGUCACAGCAUUCACAGCAACAAGACCCAUGCAAAACGUCUGCUGCUACUACCACUGCACCUUCAGGAGCACAGACGUCCGAACGUUUAUCAGAUACUGCCGGCGCCGUACGAGAAGUCUCCAAAAAGAUUGGACGUACGCGGAUCAAGUGGGAUAAUCCAAAGUCAGUAAUGAUUCUCACAAAGCCAGGCGAUCUGUCGCUUAUUGGUAUGACGCGCGAACUAGCUCUAUGGUUAAUUAAAACGCCUCGUUAUGGACAACCGAGUGGGCUGACCGUAUAUGUGGAUGAGAAGAUCAAGAAUGCUCGAGGGUUCCGAUACAAUAAGAUAAUGCAGCGUUAUCCCGAGUAUCAAGAUAAAUUACGGUUUUGGAAUCCUGAACUAUGCGCACUGCAACCCAAACUCUUUGAUUUCAUUGUCACGCUCGGAGGGGAUGGCACGGUUCUGUUUACAUCCUGGCUGUUCCAAGCUUAUGUACCGCCUGUCAUCCCUUUUCACCUGGGAUCACUUGGUUUCUUAACUCCAUUCGAAUUCGAAAACUACGACAAAUACUUGACUCAUGCAAUGCAACAUGGCGUACGAAUCAACUUGCGCGGCCGAUUGACUUGCACUGUAUAUCGUCGCGUGCCGCAUCCGGAUUGUAAAACACCUGAGCAAGCUAGAACAAUACAACUUCGUAACGUCAAGCGCAAUCCCGUCACAGGCAAGAUCACAGUCGGUGGUUGGUGCAGAGAAACCAAAAAGAGUCGACGCAAAAAGUUUGGCGAAGUAGACGGCGAAGAUCUGGAUGACGAGGACGAAUCAGGGGCAGUUAAUGGUGGCGGCGGAGGCGGUGGCAACGAAAUGGAUUGGGGGGAUGACGAUGAUAUGAUGGAGCAACGGCAAAUCCCUUGUUUUACAACGGUACCAGUGGAGAAGUAUCAAGUGAUCAACGAUCUAGUAGUGGAUCGCGGCCCAAGUCCAUAUGUCAGCUUGCUUGAGCUUUUUGGUGAUGACAAACACCUUACAACCGUUCAAGCAGAUGGAUUGGCCAUCUCAACACCUACCGGCAGCACAGCUUAUUCACUUUCAGCUGGAGGCUCACUUACGCAUCCUGCUAUUCACGCAUUACUUAUCACACCAAUCUGUCCACACACACUCUCCUUCCGACCAACGCUGGUUCCUGAUUCUAUGGAACUCCGGAUCUGUGUUCCCUAUAAUUCUCGUAAUACCGCAUGGGCAAGUUUUGAUGGUCGUGGUCGUGUCGAGCUCAAACAGGGUGAUCAUAUCAAGGUGACAGCAUCCAAAUACCCAUUCCCUACUGUUUGUAAGGAAGAUCAAGCAACUGAUUGGUUUAACUCGUUAUCCAACUGUCUUCACUGGAAUCGGCGUCAACGACAAAAAUCAUUUGCUGUAGUGGAAUCCAACAAUCGCAAUGGCAGGCGAAGUGCAUCUUCAACACCGGGACGUUCAAACUCUUCAGUGUCACGUCGACCUUCAGGUACAGGCAUGUCACGAUCCAUGAUGAUGACGAGUAUCGCUUCUCCCAGCAGCACAAGCACCAAUAACACGACGGGUGGUGGAAGUCCAACGUCGCCGACCGCAAGCUCAGGAAGCUCACGAAAAUACAAACAUUCUCCUUCCUCAGAUGCUUUACAUGAUGAAGUAUUUGGCAUGUUUUGCGACGAUGACUACGACAGUGAUGCUAGAGGAAAUGCUGGUGGCACUAGCAGUAGUAAUAAUAAUAAUGCUGCAGAGGUCGAUUCAUCCAGCAUGUCCUCUUGCUCGCUGGAUAACUUUAGCGACGAGACCGACAGUGACGAUGAAAACAGUACGGACAAGGGGUUUAGCGGAUGGGGAGACGAAGAGAUUUUAAAGGGACGCUACAAUGCAUCUAUUGCAAAGGAGUUGGAACGGUUAUCUACCAAAGAGUAAAACAAAACUCCAUUUAUCUAGCAAAUAUUGUAGAUCUUAAUACACACAUAUAUAUUAAGCCACGACGUGAUAGCGAGGAUAAUAACACUACUUCCUACGCACACACGCACAUAUACAUACAUAUGAUGAGUUUCCUUUUGCCG